CGAAAAGCCUCGUCAAUGGACUCUCUCUCUCUCUCUAAAAAGUCUGAACAAAGACAAACAGACCUUAUCUUGGCAUCGUUGAAUUUGAAUUCUAGCUUUGUAAGAAAUCCACGUUUAAAUUUAAUCAUUCUUUUUGAUAAGGCAUUUUAAUCACACUGUCCCACAAAUAUACCCUGAAUGAAAAAUUCAUUAUUUACAUACCACAAGUGAAACUCACCGCUUCCUCUCUGUUCUGCAAAAAAAGCAACGAAGGAAAUAAAGUAGGAAACUCUCGUCGCCAUGAAUGCUCUCUUGCUUCUUUCACACCCAUUUUCAUCGAUCUGCACAUCUGUCAAAAUAAUUAACUUACACUAACAAGGCAAGAAACUCUUCCCCAUAUGAAUACUGUGUCGCUUGCGGACUGGUACUUUUCAGUCUUCUGUUUUAUGUCAUCGUCUCCGGCUCCGUUUCUGCAAAUAGUCUGAAACAUUGACGGCGCAAGGGAAGACAGUCGUCCCGUUCAAAACCCAUUUCGAGUUUCUUCAAGAAUAGCCCAUUUCAUCGGCCAUUCCUUUCUAAAUGAUUAAGAUUCCACUUGCUCAAGACCCAGAAACCAUGCCUUACUGGGAGAUUCUGAAGAGGGUCAARCGACUGAAACCGCAUGAGCCAUCAUUGGGGACUCUUGGGUUUUUCUUUGUUACAGCUGUGUGCUUUCUGUGCUGCUUCUUCUACUUGGACUACACGGUUGUCACUAGAGGGCUUCGCGUUCGUGUACAGUCGGAGAAGUUGAUGUGGUUGGGUUUUGAUGUUAYUGCUCGGGAUGAAAGGGCAGGGUUCCUAGGAGAGGAUGGUGAAGGGUGUGAUUUGUUUAAAGGGGAGUGGGUCUGGGAUGAACAGUACCCCUUGUACCAGUCUAAAGAUUGCAGAUUUUUGGAUGAAGGGUUCCGGUGUUCUGAGAAUGGAAGGCCUGAUAAUUUCUACACCAAGUGGCGGUGGCAACCUAAAGAUUGCAAUUUGCCCAGAUUUGAUGCAAAGAAAAUGUUGGAGAAGCUGUGGAAUCGAAGACUAGUAUUUGUUGGUGACUCGAUUGGAAGAAACCAAUGGGAAUCUCUUCUCUGCAUGCUCUCAUCAGCAAUUCUGGACAAGGAUUCAAUCUAUGAAGUAAAUGGAAGCCCAAUCACCAAACACAAUGGGUUCUUGGUGUUCAGGUUUAGGGACUUUAACUGCACUGUGGAGUAUUACAGAGCUCCAUUUUUAGUGCUGCAGAGCCGAGCACCAGCUGGGGCACCAGAAAAGGUGAAAAUGACUCUGAAAUUGGAUCAAAUGGAUUGGAGUUCUGUACAAUGGAGGGAUGCAGAUGUUCUAAUUUUCAACACCGGUCAUUGGUGGAACUAUGAGAAGACCAUAAGAGGAGGUUGCUAUUUUCAAGAAGGGCAGGAGAUCAAAAUGAAUAUGAGUGUAGAAAGUGCAUAUCAGAAAUCAAUUGAGACGCUGAUUAACUGGAUAGAUGGGGAAGUAAACAUAAGCAAGACCCAGGUCUUCUUUCGCACCUUUGCCCCUGUACAUUUCAGGGGUGGAGAUUGGAGGACUGGAGGGAGCUGUCACUUGGAGACGCUGCCUGAGCUGGGUUCAUCAUCGAUGCCAUCUGGGUCGUGGUCACAGUUAAGCAUAGUUUCUGAUGUAUUAUUAAGACACGCAAAGAAGUCACAGGUGAAGUUGGAAGUGUUGAAUGUAACCCAUAUGACAUCUCAGAGGAAAGAUGGUCAUUCAUCGUUGUACUAUCUAGGGUCGAAGAACAGCCCUGCCCCUCUCCACAGGCAAGACUGCAGCCAUUGGUGCUUGCCUGGAGUCCCUGAUAUGUGGAAUGAGCUCCUAUAUGCACUUUUGCUAAGGUGUGAGGCUACUCACAUGCACGGUUCAAGAGAACCUUCUAAGGCACAGGUUUGAUUCAUGAAGAAAUCCUGCCUGUUAGACGUGAGUCUAAUUCAUGGGAAGGUCUGAAGAUCCCUAAAAUUAACUGGAGUUAAUUUGGAGCUUCUAGGAGAGUUGGAUGAAUAUGCAGUUUCUGAAAAGCACACAAGGGUUUAAGACGCGCCAUUGGUUGAACAUCUAUUUUGGACCUUGGAUUAUACUAUAUGUAAACCCAAUUUUAUGGGCAUUCCAGUAAGCACUAAGCAGGGUUGGUGGUGAAAUGUGGUUGAUAGUAUCAUAAAGAUAUAUACACGGUAAGGGAUAUCUAUGUGUGACUGUGAUUCGGUCACAAGCUUGUAGUUCCUCUAGAGAAAGUUACUUGUUCCUUGUAAUUUGUAUAGUAAGGGUUGGGAUGUAAGUGGAACUUCUUAUCAGUUUGUUACAAGUUCUCAUUAAGGAAUCUCAAGAUCUUUACACUUUUUUUUUUUCUCAAUCAGGAUUCAGGGAGCAGAGGCAUCUCCAGGCCUUUGUUUACUCAGUAUGAUACAUUGAUACUUGGGCCUUUGAUUAAGGAGUUGAGAUGUAAUUCUUCUUCAUUCUUCACUCCAAUCGGAUUGGUUUCUAUGCUAAAUUGCUAAUCUAAUUCAAAUGGAUUCUUUGGAUCCCAA